AAAAAGCUAAACACACAGCUAUACUUUGAGAGAGGGCGAGAGAGAGAAGAAAUUGCCGCAGUACGAAUUGAAGAUCAUCAAAAAUUUCCCUAGGGUUUUUGAUAAUUUCUCUCACGUUAAUCUUAAGAUUGAUGCACUUGUUUACACCUAUAUGUGCGCGCGCGUGUUUGUGGAGUGAGACUGAGCUUCAGCCCUGGAGAGUGGAAGCUGUGGAAUCAAUAAGUGUUCUUGCAUCGAUUGGAUGAGGAAAAUGCUUCGGAUGGAGAUUGAUUCGCCGUCUGAAUCCGUUGCUCCAUCUCAUUACGAUCUUAUUAUUCAGAGGCUUUCACAGCUGGGGAUUCCUGAUCUCAGCUUGAAUCAAGGACAGCGUGGUUUAGUUGCUUUUGCAAAGAGUAACAGAUUGCAUAUUCGACAGCUGGUGUCUGCUAUCCUGCCUGCAGAUGAGGAGGAAGUGGAUGAAGGCGUAUUCCAUGAGAGCAUAAUUUGGUUGAAGUGGUUGAUGUUCGAAGGUGAUCCUGAAGUAGCAUUAGACCACCUGGCAAAAAUGAGUGCUAAUCAGCGAGGUGUCUGCGGGGCUGUUUGGGGAAACAAUGAUAUUGCAUACCGCUGCCGGACGUGUCAGCAUGAUCCAACAUGUGCAAUUUGUGUCCCCUGUUUUGAGAAUGGAAAUCACAAGGACCAUGAUUACUCUGUAAUCUAUACGGGUGGUGGGUGCUGUGAUUGUGGCGAUAUCACUGCAUGGAAACGUGAAGGAUUUUGUUCAAUGCACAAAGGCGCGGAACAGAUUCAACCGCUUCCCAAGCACAUUGCGGAUUCUUUGGGGCCUGUUCUGGAUUUAUUACUUAGUUAUUGGAAAGACAAGCUACUUUUGGCAGAAAGUGUUUCCGAGGAAAGUCCUAGAGAUUUGACCUCCACUGUGGUGGAUAUGCUAUUAGAUUUUUGUAAGCAUAGUGAAAGUCUGCUCAGUUUUAUUUCUCAGAGAGUAUAUUCUUCAGCUGGUUUACUGGAUAUUCUGUUGAGGGCCGAAAGGUUCAUGAACAUGAAUGGUAGUGUUGUUGAAAAGCUCAACGAGUUACUCCUGAAAAUGUUAGGUGAACCAAUAUUCAAAUAUGAGUUUGCAAAAGUGUUUGUACUCUACUACCCCACUAUUGUAAAUGCAGCCGUACGUGAGGGCAGUGAUGCUACUUUCAAAAAAUACCCACUGCUGUCAACAUUCUCUGUCCAACUUUUGACUGUGCCGACCCUUACCCCACGUCUUGUCGAGGAAAUGAAUCUGCUGGACGUGCUGUUGGAGUGUUUGGGAAAUAUAUUCUCUUCUUGUGCUGGAGAAGGUGGAAGGCUGCAGGUUGCUAAAUGGGCAAAUCUAUAUGAAACUACUAUUCGUGUGGUUGAAGAUAUUAGAUUUGUAAUGAGCCAUUCUGCUGUACCCAAAUAUUUAUGCCACCGUAGGCGAGAUUUAGUCCGAGCAUGGAUGAGACUCUUGGCUUCUGUGCAAGGGAUGAACACUCAAAAGAGAGAAACAGGCAGUCAUAUCGAAGAUGAAAAUGAGAAUGUCCAUUUGCCUUUCGUCUUAUGUCACUCCAUAUCUAACAUUCUUACUCUUCUAGUGGCUGGUGCAUUUUCAGUUAGUAUUAAUGAUGAUACUAGUGAAGAAACUUUCUUCAGCAUGUAUAAACUAGAUUGUGAAGACCAAGACAGCCUAAGACAUGCAAAAGUUGGAAGGCUAUCUCAAGAAAGCUCCGUCAGUAGUAUUACAGGGAAGAGCUCGUUAGAUCUUGAGGACAAGUCUGCUGACAGUUCUCCUAUGCCGUCAUCUGCUUUGUGGCUAAUAUAUGAGUGCUUGAGAUCUAUUGAAAAUUGGUUGGGACUGGACAACACAUUGGGUCCUCUAAGUGCCUUUUCUCUCAAAUCAAGUGAUGGCUCUGGUAAUAAUUUUCUGGCUUUGAAAAGAACACUCUCUAGGUUCAGAAGAGGAAGAUAUAUAUUUAAAUCAUCCACUUCAUCUGAUAGUAAGCCUACCAUUCUAAGUGAGUCUCUUAAUAAACAAUGUUUUUUACCAUCCCAUGGUGCCUCGAAUUAUGGUGUAGGGUUGGAGUGCAGCCAAUCUGCUCCUGGUGGUUGUGAUGAAAAUAUCCUGGAAGGAGAGAGCACCUCCGAGGUAGAAGGCCUCCGAGUGUUGAGUUUAUCUGAUUGGCCUGACAUCACAUAUGAUGUUAGUUCACAGGAAAUCUCUGUACACAUUCCACUGCACCGACUCCUCUCAAUGCUUCUGCGGAGGGCAUUAAAAGAAUGUUAUGGUGAAUCUGGAUCAUCAUAUGUUCUUCGCUCGUUCGCCAGAGCUGGUGAGUUCCUUGGCCAGAUUUUGGAUGGUUGCCACCCUUACGGGUUUUCUGCCUUUGUGAUGGAGCAUCCUCUCCGAAUAAGGGUGUUCUGCGCGGAGGUUCGUGCUGGAAUGUGGCGCCGAAACGGGGAUGCUCCCAUAUUAUUUAGCGAGUGGUAUCGUUCAGUUCGCUGGUCCGAGCAAGGUCAAGAUCUGGAUCUCUUCUUACUUCAAUGUUGUGCUGCAUUAGCUCCAGCAGAUCUUUAUGUCCAGAGAGUCCUGGAACGUUUUGGGCUAUCAAACUAUCUGUCUCUGAAUCUUGAACAGUCUAGUGAGCAUGAACCAGUUCUAGUGGCUGAAAUGCUUACUCUUCUGAUACAAAUAGUGAAAGAACGAAGGUAUUGUGGGCUAACAACUGCAGAGUGUUUGCAAAGAGAGCUGGUGUACAAGCUCUCCAUUGGAGAUGCCACUCGUAGUCAGCUUGUCAAGUCUCUUCCUCGCGACCUUUCAAAAGUUGAUGAACUUCAAGAAGUAUUGGACAGAGUUGCAGAAUAUUCGCAUCCAUCUGGAAUGACUCAGGGCAUGUAUAAGCUGCGGUCAAUGUACUGGAAGGAACUUGAUUUGUAUCAUCCUCGCUGGAACUUGAGGGAUCAGCAAAUAGCAGAAGAAAGAUACCUGAGAUUUUGUCAUGUUUCAGCAUUGACUACACAACUUCCUAGAUGGACCGAGAUUUAUCCCCCACUCAGGGGAAUAGCUAAAAUAGCUACUUGUAAAACACUGCUCCAAAUUGUUCGUGCAGUUCUGUUUUAUGCUGUUUUCAAUGAUAAGCUUACUACAUCACGUGCUCCUGAUGGUGUUCUUUUAACCGCGCUGCAUUUAUUGGCUCUAGCACUGGAUGUCUGUCGAUUACACAAAGAAUCAGGUGAACAGUUGUGUUAUCUGGGUGAUGUGAUUCCAAUUUUGGCAUUUGCCAGUGAAGAAAUAUGCACGAGCAAGCAUGGCGAUCAAAGCAUGUUGUCUCUGCUUGUCUUGUUGAUGAGGAUGCAUGAGAAAGAAAAUGCACAAAACUUCGUGGAAGCCGGCAAUUUUAAUCUAGCAUCUCUAGUCUCAAGUUUGAUCAAGACCUUUGUGGAGCUCGAACCAGGAUGCAUGACCAAAUUGCAUAAACUUGCACCUCAAUUAGCUAGUCAAUUUUCGCAUUCUAUCUUGAACGCAACUGCUAGAGACAAGGGUUCGACUUCUGACAAUGAAAAGCGUAAAGCAAAGUCUCGAGAAAGACAAGCUGCUAUUAUGGAAAAAAUGAGGGCGCAGCAAUCCAAGUUUUUGGAGAGCUUUAAUUCAAGUGGAGAUGAUGACAUGGAUGAUACCAAAUCUGAGCAAGAAGUAUGCAAUUCUGAAGUCAGUAAUGACAUCCAAGAGUCAGCUGAAGUAAUUUGCUCCCUGUGCCAUGAUCCCAAGUCUAAAAGUCCAGUAUCAUUCUUAGUUCUUCUUCAGAAAUCCAGGCUUCUCAGUUUUGCCAACCAGGGUCCCCCCUCAUGGGAACAAGGUAGCCGAUCUGGUAAAGAGCAUGUUUCUAAUGAGACAACCCCAAGCUUUGAUUCAUCUCCUAGCAGUAUCUGGGAUGGCUCAAAAAUGAUCUCAUCAUCUAAGUUGGAAGAUUUGGUACAGAAUGCUGUAAAUGAUUUUGCUUCUAUAGGACAACCUCAAGAAGUGAAUGCUUUCAUGGAAUUUUGUAAAGCUCGAUUCCCUUCCAUUAAGAAUGUUCAGCUCCCUUGCGUGUCAAAAGAUACAAGUGAGAGGCCACCAUCCUCCUUUACAUUGGAAGAACAGAUGUAUUUAUCAAUCCGGGAAUUUCAAUCUAGUUUGAAUGGUUCAGAUUCUCAAAAAAAUAGUGAAAAAUUUUCAGCUGCUGGAAGCAGCACAGACAGAAGCAGUAGCCCUGAAUUUCUCUUACUAUGUAAAUACGUAGCUGCUCUGCCUAACAAGUUGCUGGAUAACCCUUCAGCUUCACAGAGUGGCUGCUCAAACAGUGAUAGGAUGAAACCAGAAUCAAGUAUGCUGCAUCCAGGAUAUCAUAACAUUGGGCCGUCUGGGGCUGAUGGAAUCUAUGUGUCUUCCUGUGGACAUGCUGUGCACCAGGGAUGUUUGGAUCGCUAUUUAUCAUCACUGAGGGAAAGAUACAUCAGAAGAAUAGUCUUUGAAGGAGGUCACAUUGUGGAUCCAGAUCAGGGUGAGUUUCUUUGUCCAGUGUGUAGGGGACUAGCCAACUCUGUCCUGCCAGCUUUGCCUGGAGAUCUGAGAAAGGUACCUCAGCCGCCUGCUGCUCCAACCAUUAGUUCCGGUUAUUCUAGUAGCCCUUCAACCUCGGCAGACAUGGGGGGUUCUCUUCGUCUCCAAGAAGCUUUGUCACUCCUAAGGAGGGCUGCAAAUAUUGCUGGAAGUGAUGAGAGUCUAAAAGCUUUACCAACACGAAAUGUGAGGAUAAAGCCCAACCUUGAGCCCUUCAUUCGUAUAUUGUGUGGAAUGUAUUAUCCUGGCCAGGAUAAGAUUUUAGAGACUGGCAGGGCAAGCCAUUCGUUAAUACUAUGGGACACACUGAAGUACACUCUCUUGGCGGCAGAGAUUGCAGCGCGAUCAGGAAAAAGCUCAUUGAGUCCAAAUUACAGCAUUAGUGCUUUAUACAAAGAACUUAAUGCCUCUAGUGGGUUUAUCUUAUCCUUGCUGUUAGAUGUUAUUCAAAGCAUGCGAACGGUGAAUUCUUUGACCGUCCUCUUAAGAUUUCAAGGGAUUCAACUCUUUACCAGGUCCUUAUGCGGUGGGACCUAUCCAAGUGAACCGUCCAAUCACUCUAGCCAGCAACAAGGUAAUAUGCUUUAUAUCCUGGAAAAUGCUGAGCCAGAAGUACAAUAUCCAGACAUUCAAUUGUGGAGACAUGCAUCUGAACCUAUUCUUGCUCAUGAUGCCUUUUCAUCAUUCAUGUGGUUACUCUUCUGUCUUCCAUGGCCAACAUUAUUCUGCAGGGAAUCCUAUUUAUCCCUUGUGCAUGUUUUCUACACUGUUACUGUGACUCAGGCUAUAAUUACAUGUCACAAGAAAAGGCAUAGCACUGAAUCUCAGCUGGGAUCCCAUGAUAAUUUGAUCAUGGAUAUAUACCGAGUGAUGGGGGAAUGUCCAUCUGCUGUGCAGUGUUUUGACUCCUACUAUAUUGAUCCUGCUUAUGAUAUCACUGAUGCAAUUCGCAGCUUAACAUUUCCUUAUCUGCGAAGAUGUGCCUUGCUUUGGAAACUAAUAAACUGCUCUAACAUCAUGCCAUUUAGUAAUGGGAUCCACUCCUGGGGUGGAUCUCCCUUUGAGGCUACUGAUUGGGACUGCACUACUGACACUGGUGAAGAACUUCGAGAGAUCGAAAAGCUGGAGAAGAUGUUCAAUAUUCCUUCACUUGACCUUAUUGUUAAUGAUGAAGAAUCACGGUUGACGGCUUUGAGAUGGCUGGGUCAUUUUAGUGAAGUGUUUGAAGCUAAUAAAUCUCGAUGUGUAUUGAGAUGUUCGCCUGCAGUCCCAUUUAAGCUUAUGCUUUUGCCUCAUCUCUACCAAGAUCUGUUGCAAAGGUAUAUUAAAAAAUCUUGUCCUGACUGUGGAGAUGUGAAGGAGGAGCCUGCAUUGUGCUUGUUGUGUGGUAAAUUGUGCUCACCGAACUGGAAAACAUGCUGCAGGGAAAGCGGUUGUCAGACUCAUGCAAUGGCCUGCGGUGCAGGCAUUGGUGUAUUCCUAUUGAUUAGAAGAACUACAAUCCUACUUCAGAGAUCUGCACGUCAGGCACCUUGGCCGUCUCCUUACUUGGAUGCAUUUGGUGAAGAGGAUGUUGAAAUGCAUAGGGGAAAGCCAUUGUUUCUGAAUGAAGAACGAUAUGCAGCUUUAACUCAUAUGGUGGCUUCUCAUGGGCUUGACCGAAGUUCAAAGGUGCUGAGGCAAACAACCAUUGGUGCUUUUUUAAUGUUUUAGAUGGUCGAUAUAUAGUACAAUACAUUCUUCUUAAUGAGGUAGUGUAGCGUACUGAUUCUCAGUUCGAAGAUUAUGUUUGAUUUUGGAGCUAGAACAGAGGAUCUGAGAACAGUGGCAGUAUUUGUUUCCUGAAUGUACAGACUUCAUAAAGGUGAAUAUAUGUUUGCUUUGUCAAGCUGGGUUCUUAGUGACAGUGGUUUUCUGGCGAGCAUCUUCUCCUGAUAUGUUGCCCAUUCUUCAUAGUAAAUUAUAUACUUAAAUGUAUAAAAUUGCUCAGCCUGUGAGUAGCAUAGCAUGCGAGCGGAUCCUGUUCCCAGAGAAUGAAUGUGUUGUAAAUCAUGGUCUAGAAAAUAACUUGAUGUUUUCGACUGUUACAUGAUCGAUCAUGGAAGUUUCUCUCACCUUGGUAAA